UUCUUUUAUCCAUUUUGCCUUCACCAAAAAUACGAACCCCAGAGAAGAAGAGGAACAGAAGCAGCAGCCCAAAGGAGAAAACAAAAUCCAAAUCCAAAUCGGCUAAAAAAUCCUAUCGAUCCCGGGAAGGAGAGAGACGAAGCAAUGGCGGCGUCUCGCGGAGCUUUGUGAUCUUUCCUUCCCGGCCUCCACAUGCUUACGGUGGGAUCUCUGCUACGCUACGGAUCGAUUGUAGUUUUGAUUUCUCAUAUAAUCGCAUGCAUGGGAACCAGAUGUUUGUAACAUAGCAGUGGUUGUCUGGGAAGCCAUAGUAAACCCAAGCCGGUUACCUCAAUUGAUGAGCCACUGGAAGGUCCAAAGCUUCAAGGUCAAAAGGUAUCAAAACCUAGCAUAUCGGAGGAUUUCUGGACCACCAGCGCAUGUGAUAUGGACAACAGUGCGGUGCAGUCGCGAGGAAGCAUCUCAUCAAUAAGCACAUCAAAUCUAAUCAUGGAUACCCAUGGCAGUAGCAGUGGAAACCCCUCUUCCGAAUUCGUUAAUCAUGGUCUUCUUCUCUGGAACCAAAAUAGGCAGCAGUGGAUAGGAAAUAAAAAGCCUGAGAAUCGGGCGCAGCAGCUUCACGAACCUAAAUUGAGUUGGAACGCAACCUAUGAGAGUUUGCUUGGUAGCAGCAAGCCAUUUUCUCAGCCUGUACCUCUUGCUGAAAUGGUAGAUUUUCUCGUCGAUAUAUGGGAGCAGGAAGGGAUGUAUGAUUGAGAAUGCGGAGACUCUUGAGGUUUUAUUAGAGAGUAGAACCCACGACAGCUGUUGUAGAUUUUAAAUCGCUUUAGUAAACAUUUUGUAAUCUGUAUACUAAUACUGCAAUGCAUUGUCGAAUUUAUAUGAAAAUUUCUUGGCACCAGAAUUUUAAAAA